GUUUAUGACGACACAACCAUGAAAAUAGAGGGCAUAACACUAUUUUGUCUAUUUCUAAAAUAUUAUGCUCGCAUGUGCAAUGAAAUAUUUGUGAACAAAUGAUUAGACAUUUUCUUCCCAAAACAUUGAAUGAUAACACAUUUAAAGACAAAUUUGAGAUGACUUUGGUAUCCUUGCGCUGUUCUCAAACGUAAACUUCCGGGACAGAAUACGCUGUGGUUGUCAAAAGUGUUUCACCAUCUUCCAUGAGUAUGGAUCUAAUAAUAGAAGUAUAGGUUACGAUAUUCUAAGAAUAUAUAUGUUGUGUAGUGUUUACUACCCAAAACGUGGCAGUUUUGUGUGAGUGUCAGUCAGCACAUCAACUCUCACGAGCAUAACGCUACAAGCCUUGGUUGACUUAGGUUUUACUUUUAAUCCAAUCCAUUUUUUUCCAUUAUGAAUUUUGCGUCACCAUAUAUUUACGCAUACGUAGAGCCAGAGUUUGAAUUUGUGUCUGACGAAGAAUAUGAUCAUGGAAUGGAUGUGAGCUCCUCUGGUUCAGAUGAUGAUGAGGCAGAUGGCAGCAAAGCGGCUCCAGCCCCUUCAUGUUCAAUCCCACCACCACCACCACCAGCACCUCUGGGUGCCGCACAGAAGAGGGGCAAAAAAAAUAUUCUCUUGGAAGAAAGCUUGUUCUACAAAUGACGUUACCGAGUCAGUUCGGUCAGCACCGAGGCAUGCACCUAAGACACGAAAGUUUCGACGUGCAGACACCAAUGUUGUGUCCAUUCGACUGAAUGAAUUAGUUGCCCCAAGCAACAUGCAUGCUGGAGACCCAGUGUACUGUACUCAGUGCCAGGCUAUUCUCUCCAAACUUGCACAGAUUGUCUCAGAUGGCACUGACAAGGUGUGGCAGUGCAACUUCUGUGGUGAAAGAAACCUUGUUGAUGUGGAGGAGGAGGAGAUUCCUCAGAUGGAUGAUGUCACAUUCCUGAUUGAACCUGCACCAGCCACUCAAGCAACAGGCCUCAGUGGGAGAGAAGAGUCACUGGUGAUCUUCUGUGUGGAUGUGUCAGGAAGCAUGUGUGUCACUACAGAGGUUCCGGGCAAACUGAGACUCCGUGGUUCCGGUGGACUGAAGAGAAUGCAGAGUCUAAACGACAGUCAUGAGGAUCAGUAUCUGCCUCGUCAGAAACGUAAUGUAACCUAUGUGUCCAGACUUCAGUCUGUUCAAGCUGCAGUUGAUCACCAGCUUGAAGAAAUGCAGAGAGAUCACCCUAAUCGUAGAGUUGGACUCAUCACAUUUGAUAAUGAGGUGACUGUUAUUGGGGACGGAACUGAAGAGGAAACAUCCGUUGUUGGGGACAAACUGACAAACCGGGAGGUGCUCGUAAAACUUGGAAAAGACCUAAACACACCGAAAUCCAUUAAGGAAACUCGAAAGUGUCUUGGUGAUAAACUAUUCAGUCUUGAGGAGGGAGGAGCCACAGCUCUGGGACCAACACUUGUUAUUGCUGUUGCCAUGGCAUCUCGACACCCUGGGUCAAAGGUGAUCCUCUGUACAGAUGGAAUGGCUAAUGUUGGGAUGGGGAAGCUGGAUGACGCGACACCAGACUCUGAUGCAGGCAGUUUUUAUGAGGGCAUCGGUGCACAAGCUAUGGAGCAGGGUGUGUCUAUCUCUGUGGUGACCAUCAAGGGAACUGACUGUAAACUUGUCGAGCUGGGGAAGUUGGCAGAUAAAACUGGAGGGCAGGUGAACAUUGUGGAUCCUCUGAAACUCACUCAGGAGUUCAGCACUAUACUGGCAGAUCACAUCAUUGCCACCAAUGUGGUGGCCACGUUCAACCUACACAAGCAGCUGUACAUUCAUCAGGAGCAUGACGACAAGAAGGAGAGUCGAGCUGUGCGGGAAGUCGGCAAUGUAACAUGUGAUACUGAGAUCACUUUUGAAUAUGGUAUCCGACCUGAGACAAUGGAGAAUAAAGCAGCCAGCAAGGACAAGAUGCUCUCUAAAGUUGUGGAGGAAGAGAAGAGAGAAGCUAGUGCUGAAGUUGGUGCUGAAGCUGUUCCUAUGCCUCAAGCUAAUGCUGUGGCUGAAGCUGGUGCUGUGCCUGAAGCUGUGUCUCGUGCUGACUCAGCUGCAGAUGUUGAGGUCACUGCCACCUCAUCUACAUCUGCUGGAGAAGGUGCAGAGCAGAAGUCAGUUCCAGCAGAGCUUCCGUUCCAACUACAGAUCCGAUACACAGACACUGAGGGCAUGAAGGCUCUGCGUGUCCUCACACAGACCAGACCAGUCACACAUGACAGGGAUGUCGCUGAGAAAAAUGUUGACCUAAAUGUGCUGGGCACCCAUGCUGCUCAGAAGACUGCUAAUCUUGCCCUUGAUGGAGAGUACACUAUGUCACGAGGUGCUGCACUCAUGAACCAGCGACUGGCCUGGAGAUCUGCACAAAGACCAGAAGGUGGCCCCGACAAGAAAGCUUGGUACAGGAGAAUCUUCAGUAAGAUCCAGACUGUAGAGAACCAUGUCAGCAAAGCCCAGUCGUCUGAACGGUCUCGUCAUGGGACAACCUACAGUGAUGAGGAGUAUGAGGAUGAUGAACCAGUCUCACUCACUCAUGAGAAGGUCAAGAAAAAGAAAGUGAAAAAGAGCCGAGCACGUACCUCUGAAGUGGAGGAUGACAUGGCUAAUGCUGUAUAUGCUCAGUCACGCAUCAGCAGCAACAGGCUCAACUGAAGGAGUCCAGUGCCUGAACACACCUUUCUUUGUGAUAAUUUAAACACAAAUCCUAUAUUUGACAUGGAUGUUAAUAUUGUUUCAUGACAGAGGUUGAACACUAAGCAUUAUAUCAAAACUGUUGGAUGGUAGUCACUUAACUGUCAUCUAGCAAACUGAUUUUUUAAUAUCAUGGUUGAUUAUUUCCAGUUUGUUUGUUAUUCCCUUUUUGAUUGAGGGUUGACAGAACUGCUUUGGUUUAUGUAGUUUUUAUUUAUACUUGGAUUUUUGAAAUACAGCUUGUUUUAUAGUGCUGCAGUAGUUCAGUCAUCUGUUAUCAAUGUUUUGGACAAUUAUUGUUUGUAUGUAUUUUUGUUUUCAUCUAAUAUUUUUACACAAUAGACUGUGAUAGAUUCUGCUGCAUGUCUUCAUUUCAUAUUCACAUACAGAACAGUUCGAAAUGAAGAAAUAGACAGCAGAAACAUUAUGGGUUGUCAUAUAAUAUCAUUGUUCCUGUUAUGAUGGAUCAUUAGUCCAGAAACCAUCUCGACAGCUACUGUUAUAAACAUGACUAAAUACACAUUGGUUGCUUAUCAGGAGUUUUGUUUUAGCUGUAAAUACUGCUUCAUAAUUUUGGUAUAGGAUUUAGUGCUCAAUUUGGGGUAAUGUAUUAAUUUUGAAAGCUUUAAACAGUUAACUCAUGAUUUAGCCAAGACCGGACUUUUGGCUGCAUCACUGAUGUGGAUAUUUAAAUAGGUAAGUCUCUGGUAGUAAGGAGAACUGUGCAAUUGUCUCCUCAAUCUGUUUAGGACAGACUUGGUUAACUUCUUGGAACAAUGAAUUAUUCUGGAAGGAAAACAGUUGGAGGUGUUCAUUAUGUUCAGUUGAAGUAUCUACAAUGUCUACAUAGGGAUUUCUUGCAGAGAUUAUUGUAGGACUUGGACCAACUUUGUCAUAUGUUCUACACAAUAAUAUCUUAUUCAAGCACUCUUGCACAAAAUAUUUUAAUUAUCAUAAUGUUUUCUUUAUUAUUUCCUCUUAACUCUUAUAAGGCUAAUGAGACUUUACAUGUUGAUGUUUGAUAUAUUUGUAUGUUGUGUGUCAUCUGUCCAAGGCACAACCUCCUUAUAUUGCUCUCGGAAGACUAGUGGUUCAUACAUACUCUGCUGUAAGCACCACCUGUAUGAUAAGCAUUUCAGGAACUUCACAUAGGUUUUGUAUAAUUCAUUGGAAAUGCAUCAUAUUUGGCUAAUGUUUGUCCAAGUUUACACCUAGGUACCUGCCCUGUGCCAACCUGGCUACCUGCCGAAUCGGGUAAUAUCUCAUUAGGAACUGGCAAAAACACUUAACAUACAUGUAAAACUAUGUUCAUGCAUAUACUGAUGUAGACUGAAGCUGCCUUUAACAUGUUAAACAUGUACCAUGUUAAAGUCAGAAGGUUUGCAUGCAGGCAGAAAGAGGUGUGAACAUAAACGACUGGUAGUGUAACCAUGGAGUUAUAUUGUUUUGAUUAGCAAUAUAUCACCUAACUUUACCAGGUCUUAGUAGGCCUGUGUAUACCAAGUUCCAACCUGACAGAAUACCUCAGUCACCUUAGCCCAAGUAACUUCUUUGAGGCAUUCAGAAGUUGUAAGAUUAAGAUAUAUGGCUGAACAACUUUGUUAUUACAAUCAGAAGUAAUGUAUUGAUGGAGGUUCAAAUUCAAUUUUCCUGUAUGUUUCAUCUCUUCAAAUUUUAAUAAAGUGGUUGUUCAUCCAUAUAUGUUAUUCUUCCCAGGCUAGCUAGUUUGGGUAAGUCCAAUUUACUAUGGUUUUUUUCCAUUAUCUUUUGAUCAACUUUUGGUGCAUGGAUCCUACUAAUACUGUAAAUGUCUAGCACAUGAAAUUAGAUUUAAAAGAUUGUUUGUGUGUGACACAAGUCUGUUGUGUCUGACUAUCCUGAUCCAGGCCUAUUGUGGGGGCAUGAUGAUCCCAUUGUUACCGUCUUUUAUCUAUUAUGCUGUUGCUGUUUUGUUAUUGGCAAUAUUUCUAUUUUCGUACUUCAUUUAUGUGACACUCAAUAAGACAAUAAACUUAAUUAUCAGAG